UUAUCCCGGAAGAUAUCCUAACAGAAAAAAUGGAACUCAAAACCGAUCCCGUUGAGGCUAGACCUCUAUUUCAAGAAGAGACGAUUACGCUUGAUUGACUCGGGCGGGUUGUAACAAAUUGAUUCUUGCGAGUUGCGAGCCUUCAGGUAAGGUCCAGCCGAUCGUCUUUCGGUCUCCGCCGUCCCGUCCCGUCCCGUCCCGUCCGUCCGUCGUGCCGUGCAGUCCCCCGCGCCGCCGGUCGUCCCUUCCGUCGCCGCCGAUGUGGAUAUGUCUCCGUGUGUUGAUGAUCUCAAGCUGUGGAUGAUGAAAGAGUACGGAGUUGUGGAAUCUUGGUGUAGGCUACAUCGUAUAGAACUGGUUGAAGGGAUGGGAAGAAUCGUUGGCUUUAGGGAAAACAGUGAGCUUGUUUCGUACCAGAUACAGAAUUCGUUAAUAAACUUGGAGUUUGCUCAUUUGUUCAAAGGAGGUGGAUGCGGAGACAGAUGCGGAGACGGAGGCGGGGAAAACCUUUGCGAGCAUAUCAGUCUUAAUCUUUCUUUUAUUCAUUUCAGGUAAAAGAAAGAUGCCGGAGGACUUCGAGGAGGAUGCCAGAGACGGUGGUGAUGCAGAGGGCCGACCCCCUCUAGGUGCAGAUUUGCUCAAGUAUCUUAAGGAGUUUGUUGAAAGAUACAAACUCCAGAUUGCUGUGUUUUUUGCUAUUGGUGGCAUAGCUUUGCUAUGCCACCGGGAGGGAGAUGACCGGAAGGCCGCAUAUAGAGAAUUGAUGAAGACGAUUCGAGAUGUUGGCGGUGAAAUUCGCGAUACAGCCAUCGUCGUGAACGACAUUAUCCAUCUUCUUUCAAAGUUUAUUUCUUAUGACGUUUGAUUUUUAUGAUUUUGCUAGUUCGCACUCAUGCAAUGAGGUUAUCUGUAUUAAUUAGUACAUAGAAGUUUCUCCAUCUUUCGGACAAAACACAAUUCUUAACAGCAUCUUUUGUAUGUAAUUUGGAGAGUAUUAAACACAUGACUUCGUCUCGAAAUUAGGAGAGAAAUAAUAUCCAACCAAACAU